AUGAUUGAAUUUUAAAAAUAAGAUGAAAAUCUUUAAAAAUCAGCAACAGGAAACGGUAAUAUAAAUUGGAUAACUUUAGAUUGUGGCAAAAACUUUAAGGCAUUCUCUAUAAAUGGAGUAAAAAUAAAUAAAUUUAAACCACAUCCUAUAAAAAAAGAAUUGUAUUUAGCCUAAACCUCAACAUAAUGUCUAAAUAAUAUUUCAAAACAAUCAAAAUAACCUUGUUUUUCUUAUUCAUAAUUAUAUUUAUCUCAAAACUACGGAAAAACAUGGGAAUUAUUGACUAAGUAUGUAUCCUAAUUUUCUUGGGGAUAUUUUGAACAAUAUAAUAAUUAAAUUCCUAUUUAAAGAAUUUAUUGGAUAGAAGAAACAAAAAAUAAUAAAAACCAAAAUCGAAAUCCUUUAAUAGAAUCAAGAAAUUUCUAUCUAUCUGACGAUUUUCUUAUCACUAAAUAGCUCUUAAUACAAAAAGGAAAUGCAUUUUACCUUCAUAAAAACUACCUAUAUGUUGCAUAAUUGUAAUCUAAAGAUACCUUAGCUAUAUAACUUUUAGUAUCCAAUCCGUCUCUAAAAGAUUAAAAAUUUCGCUAAAUUCGUUUAUAAGAGGAGCUUUUAAACCAUAAAUUUUCUAUUUUAGAUGCUGAAGAAGGUCAAGUAUUUCUAAAUGUUUCCCAUUUAGGUUUAACAUCUCCUUUAGGUAAGCUUUAUAUAUCUGAUUCUUCUGGAAUAAAUUUUUCUUCAAGCCUAAAUGGCUAAGUCCGUUCUGAUAAUGGCCGUGUAGAUUUUGAAAGACUGGAAGGAAUAUAUGGUAUAUACAUAUCCAACAUAUUCACAAAAGAAAAAACCGACCAUAUAACCAAAAUAUACUCCCGAGAAGACACACAAGACAACCAUUUAGAAAUUGACAACUCUCAUUCUUAAAUAUUAAAAGACCUCCAAAAAAUCGAGACUAUGAUAACAUUCGAUAAAGGCGCAAUAUGGCAAAGAAUCCCUAAACCAAAGAACGAAAAUACAUGCAAAGGCUUAAACUGUAACUUAAACAUUCACUCAUCUUCUAAUACACUAUAUAAUUCCUUCUAUUCGUCCAAAAAUGCCAUAGGCCUAGUCUUUGCAAACGGAAACGUAGGUCCAUAUCUACUUCAUGAUAAAGAAAAUGUAAAUACUUAUAUAUCCCGAGAUGCUGGAUUGACUUGGUAUGAGUUAAAAAAGGGUGCUUAUGUAUUUGAAAUAGGCGAUCAUGGUUCAAUUAUAGUUAUUGGAAAGGAUAAAGACUAUUCAAAAACUAAAGAAGUUGAAUAUUCACUAGAUGAGGGUUAAACUUGGACUAAAAUCCAGGUUUCUGAGGAAGAAAUUUAGAUUGAAAACAUCAUAACGGAACCAAAUAAUACUUCUACGACAUUCAUAGUAAUCGGCAGAAUAGAUAAGCUUAUAAAUAAUGAAAUUCAUGAAGUCGGAGUAGUAAUAACAAUAGAUUUCUCCAAUGUUUUUUCAGAAAAAUGCACAAAUGAAGACUACGAAUAAUGGACUCCACACGGAUAUUAAAACAAACAGUGUUUGAUGGGAAAAAAAGUUACUUAUUUAAGACGAAAGCUAGACUCACUUUGCCUCAAUGGAGAGCAAUUCUAAAGAAUAGUCAAUGAAUAAACAUGUGAGUGUACUGAAGAAGACUGGGAGUGUGAUUUUGGAUAUGAAAGAUAAGGAUAGGGGCCUUGUAUAGCGGAAAAAGACUAUUUUUUUAAACCACCAAAGCCUGAAUAAUGCGAUAAGUAUUAUUUUGAACCUACUGGAUAUAGAAAAAUUGCUGGAAAUAAUUGUCAAAGAGGAGUAGAUAGAUCUCCAGUUUAAAAAAAAUGUCCAGGAAAAGGUAUAUUAGGAGUUUUAAUGAAAGUUUUGUUCAUAGUAGGGAGUUUUGGAUUUGUUAUUUAUUUAAGAAAAAGUUUAGUAUAUUUAGCAAUAUUAAGUUUUGAAUAAGUAAAGGAAAUAAUAUGGAAGAAAAAAGAUUAUAUAGAUUUUAGUGGGGUAAAAUAGGAAGAUGAUGAUAAAUAAAAUGAUGAAUAUGCAAAUUAUUUAAAAAAAAGAUAAAAAAAAAAUUAUUUUGAUGAUAAUUUAUGA